UAGGGUUGCUGUAGUGAUAAAAAUGUUCAUACAUUUUUUGAACGUAAUAUGAACCUGCCAUCACGUAAAUGAAAUGAUACUAGAGAUAAAAUAAACAUGGCUAAUUACAAAGUACAGUUUACAUUAUCGCUAUUAACUUAAAGAUGUGCAACAAAUUAUUUCGUACACAAAAUGUUAUGUUUAUAAAUAAGAUUUAAAAAUUGUGAUUGUGAACAAAUUAUUAUUUCGUAUUGGCAUUUAUAAUAUGAAUCGUUAAAAAAACGUUAAAUUGAAAAGUAUUAAAUCUUAUUAGAACAAUUUGUAUGGCUCAUUGCUGCAUUAAUAACUUUUUUAGACAGCAACCCCAUUUAAUCAAAGAACACCGUUCUAUUACAUUCCAAAGAUGAUCUUUGCUUUUAGUUGCCAAGCGCGAAACACGGCACAACCAUUUGAAUUUCAAACAACACACGUCUGAGAUGGAAACGCCUAUUUCGUCACUAGACGACUACAAGUUAAGUUAUGAAAAAUGUGGAGUUGUGGAUGCAUUCUGCAUUAAAUUUAUUGGAGAAUAUUAUCACGAUACAGUGUUAAUAUUAGGUUCGAGAGAUAAAGUUUUGGAAGGUUCGUAGGAAUGUAUGUCAUAAUUUACUCAUUUUUCAAGAGCAAAAAAAUAACAUUAGUUGCAUGCAUUUUAUAAAAUAUAACAAUUGUAUAUGCACUGGUAAUUGCGGGGGAUACAUAUACAUUUACAAUGAAGAUACUUAUCUUCCUGUUUUAAAAAUUAAAGGACUUAAGGGAAAUGUAUGUGCAAUAUCUAGUGGUGUUAAAACUCGAAGUUUUAUAACGGGUUGUUCGGAUAGUACAGCUCGAAUUUGGAAAAUAAAUUAUCAUUAUGCAGCUAAAUUUAUCGAGUUAAAAGGACACAACGCAGCGGUUUGGGCAGUAGCUGCCCUUCCGCAUAUUGGACGUUCCUUAACUGGUUCUGCAGAUAAAACUAUUAUUAUUUGGAAUAAGAGAGGUGAGAACGAGCGCCUUAUAUUUGGACAUACUGGCUGCAUUCGUCAACUUAUUUCUUUCGAUAAAAAACUCUUUGUGUCAGGCGGUGACGAUUCCGUUAUACGAGUAUGGAACGAAGAUGGUGACUGUGUUAAAGAGUUAUUUGGUCACAGAAAUUCAAUAAAUUAUAUAGAACAACAUUCAGUUUCAGGAAGUAAUAUUAUUGUGUCAUCCGGGGCAGAUAGUAGUUUGCGCAUGUGCGAUAUUAAAUCUGGCACGGAAUUGGGCUCACCUAUUGUGCAUCCGGCCGAGUCGGUAUGGUCAGUGGCUUGUUUGAGUAAUGGCGAUAUUAUAACUGGUUGCAGUGAUGGUGUGGUACGAGUUUUCACUAAAGAUCCUAAAAACUAUGCCAGUGAAGAUGUACUCAAAGCUUUUGACGCUGCUGUUAGUAUCAGAAAAGCAGAAAUUAAUGAAACAGUAGGUGGAGUUAAAAAACCUGAACUUCCAGGACCCGAAGCUUUAUUGUCAAAUGGUAAACAAGAGGGUGAUAAUUUAAUGGUAAGAUACUGCCAUAUUUAAAAUCGUAUG